AUAAUACAAUUGUACUCCAAUUUCUAUAGGAAAAUCGAGGAGAAAAAACCUUCGUUCUUGAUGUAAAUUAGCUCUAAAUCCGUGUAUUUGUUUAAAUUAGUUGUAUCAUAAGUUAUUAUAAUGUCAUUCGAGGUUAUUAUUAAGAAUGAGCCGGUGGAGCCGGAAGAAAUCUGCAUCGGACCGGGGCCGCAAAUGGAGACUGAAUUCGUCAAUAUAAAAGUAGAAAUUGACGAGGAAAGUUCCAGAGUUGAUCCAACACCUGAUACUCAAGUGACAGUGAAGAUUGAGCCUCAGGAUGUGGGCAUAGAGUACAAAGCGCAGACAGACGGACAAACGCCUCCAGUCGGAAUUAAAUGUGAAGCGGAACAGACAGGCAGACACACAGGCCUGGUGAAGAUUGAGCCCCUUGAUCAGGACUUACCUCAAGAGAAAGUAAGAAAACAGAAGAAACGGCAGGGCCCGCCGUCUCCGAAGCUGAUUCUGCCGGAUAUUCCAGAUUAUAACGAUCCAACAUCAGUAGACAAAGUCAACGGGACGUCAUCUUGUCCCAUAUGCCACAAAGUACUCUCAAAUCGAGGCAACGUACAGCGCCACCUAGCUCUACAUAAGAAAAAAACAUACACCUGCGACUACUGCAAUCGCACGUACACAAACAAGAAGUUCUUCGACAAACAUAUUUACUUGCAUAGCAUAGAAAAGAAGUAUAAAUGUGACGUGUGUAAUAAAAGAUUUAAAACUGUCUCCAAUUUGGAGCAACACAAAAAGUCGCACUUAGAAAAUAAGCCUCACCCCUGCGAUAUAUGCGGGCGAACUUUCGGUAUACGCGGCAAUAUGCUGAAGCAUAGGGAACGGCAUAAAGCGAAAACGGAAAGCUACAACUGCCCUGUCUGCAAUAAGUUUUUCGAUAAAGAGUUUCUACUUAACAGCCAUAUGUCAAGGCAUAACAAUGAAAAACCCUACAUGUGCGAUAUAUGCUGCAUGAAUUUUAAGCAUAAAAGCACUUUAAUCCGGCACACGCAGUUACAUAACGGUAAUAAGCCGUAUUUUUGCCAAAUAUGCUUCAAAAGAUUUACCUCUUACGGUUUAAUUAAACCUCAUAUGCGGAUACACACAGGGGAAAAACCAUACCCCUGCAGAAUGUGUAAAAAACCUUUUGCACAUAAACAUAAUAGGGAUAGACAUGAAGUCAGACACAGCAAAGUGAAAAAUCUAGUCUGCCAUAUUUGUAAUAAGAAGUUUCCUAGAGAAAGCAGGUUGAAAUAUCACAUGAGGUCGCAUACUAAAGAGAAGUUGUUCUCUUGUAAUGUGUGUUUAAGAAAAUUUUCGCAUAAACAGAACGUUAUUAGGCAUUAUGAUAGAAAACAUCCCAAUGUUGAGUAUGGGAUCACUAAGAACGAGGUUAAAAUUGAAGAAGUUGAAUAAAAAAUGU